AUGAGCGGACGGCAAGUGAUGGCAAACCUAUCGGCAAAACUGGACUCUGUUUUGUCCAUCGAUGAGAUCGAGAAGACAGGCGUAUUGGCGGCCACAUCGCAGCUGCACCAGAGGGCUCAGGAGAUCCGCCAACAGCGGGUCAACUGGCAGUCGUACCUCCAGUCGCAAAUGGUAUCUCAAGAGGACUUCCAGCUGAUCACCCAAUACGAGUCGGCGACGGGCGGCGAACAGCGGCACCAGUUGUUGGACAAGUACGGCGAACAGUGCGCCCAUAUGUUCAACAGUCUGUUGAACAACAUAUCCAAAGACCAGACCAUUCAAUACAUACUGUGUAUUAUUGACGACAUGAUACUCGAGGACCGAACACGAGUCGAGUUAUUCAAGGAGUACUCCAAGAAGAAGAAACAGUCGGUUUGGUAUACAUUCCUCAACCUAUUGAAUAGGAACGACCCCUUCAUCCAGAAUAUGACGGCGUUGAUUAUAGCGAAGAUCGCCUGUUGGACAACGAGUGAACCGAUCGAGGGCUCGGACCUCAACCUAUUCCUCACAUGGCUUAGGGAUCAAUUGAAACUAUCGAACAACGAAUACAUUCAGUCGAUCGCCCGAUGCAUGCAAAUGAUGCUCCAGAACGACAGGUAUCGGGACGUGUUUGUGGGCAUCGACGGCAUCACUGCCAUCGUUCAGGUGCUGUCCGGACGGAUCAACUUCCAGAUCCAGUAUCAGUUGGCGUUUUGCCUGUGGAUACUGACGUUCAACGAGCCGUUGGCCACCAGAAUGAAUAAAUACAACGCUAUACCAGUGUUGGCCGAUGUGCUGAGCGAAGCGGUCAAAGAGAAAGUGACCCGAAUGGCGCUGGCCACAUUCAGGAAUUUGAUUGAAAAGCCAACGGACACUGAGAUCACACGUGAUAACGCGAUUACAAUGGUUCAGUGCAAGGUGUUAAAGCAGUUGGAAAUACUGCAACAGUCGGGCCAGAAGUUUGACGACCCGGACAUCAAAGAGGACAUCGAUUAUCUGACAGAAAAACUGUUGGCAUCGGUGCAGGACUUGUCCUCAUUCGACGAGUACGCCACUGAAGUGAAGAGCGGACGCCUGGAGUGGUCGCCCGUCCACUCGUCCGACAAGUUUUGGAGGGAAAACGCCGGACGUCUUAAUGAGAAGAACUACGAGUUGUUGAAAAUACUGGUCCGACUCCUCGAGACCAGCAAAGAUCCACUCGUGUUGUCCGUCGCGGCGCAUGAUUUGGGCGAAUACGUGCGCCAUUACGCCCGUGGAAAAGUGUACGUGGUGUUUUUGGGGCAGGGUUCAUUUUAUGUUUUGAUUAAUGUGUAG